GUACUGAUCACGUGGUCCCUCUCUGCAAGGUGUUUUUAACAUAGUGCUUGGACAAACCAAGAGUCGAUAGACCACAGAGUCCAUGCAUCCAUCAACCAAACUAACACAAUGUGGAUACACCUCCAAAAAUCUUAAAAACAGUAAUGAGGGGAAAAAGAGAGAGGGAAGAAAAACAGCAUAUAAUUAGCUUUGGCACAGCUCGUGAAAAAUUACAUGAUUGAUGAUGAAGAGCGAUCGUUUGAGUGUGGCAGUGUGUCAACAUCACACCCUGUGAGUGUCGAGAUAAUGUCAGUACUUGCUGUAAAACUUCCUUCUCUUCCAGAGGCCGUGCAGGAAGAAGACACAACUGCUGCAGAGGAGGAGCCCAGUGAAGAACAAGAUGGAGAAGGGGAAGAAGAGGAUGGAGAAGGAGAAGAGGAGGAAGCCAAACCAAAAUUCAAGCCAUUUAUCAUGCCAAACCUCAUUCCACCUAAGAUCCCAGAUGGAGAGAAGGUGGAUUUUGAUGACAUACAUCGUAAAAGGAUGGAGAAGGACCUGAUGGAGCUUCAGACUUUGAUUGAAGUUCACUUUGAAAGCAGGAAGAAAGAAGAAGAGGAGCUCAUUCAUCUCAAGGAGAGGAUUGAGAAGCGUCGUUCUGAGCGUGCAGAGCAGCAAAGAAUCCGCAGCGAGAGAGAGAAAGAGAGACAGAAGCGUCUUGAGGAGGAGAGAGCCCGUAAGGAGGAAGAGGAGGCCAAGAGGAGAGCAGAGGACGAUGCAAAGAAGAAGAAAACCCUGACCAGCCUCCACUUUGGAGGGUACAUGCAGAAGUUGACAGAGAAACGGAGCGGUAAGAGGCAGACUGAGAGAGAGAAGAAGAAGAAGAUCCUGAGUGAAAGACGCAAAUCUCUGGACAUUGAGAACAUGAACCAGGAUAAACUCAAGGACAAAGCUAAUGAGCUGUGGGAGUGGAUGUACGAGCUGGAGGCAGAGAAGUUUGAACUGCAGUACCAGUUCUCCAGGCAGAAAUAUGAGAUUAAUGUGCUGAGGAAUCGUGUCAGCGAUCAUCAGAAAACAUCAAAGAGGAGCAAGAGAGGCCUAAGGAAAUAGAUGCUGAAAUGCUGAGUGAGCAGUGUCACCAUCAGCCCUGUCCUGCAGCCAUUGCGUCAAACCCUAGUCCCACCCAUCUCCCUAAACCACCACCUGCAGUACAGAUUAUAGCCAGUUAUCCAGCUUCUUCUCACUCUUUUAUUCCUCUUUUUUCCUCCCCAUCCUUUGAAUGAUUAGAUAUUCUGUAUUUAAUGGUGUAAAUAAAACCAUCUCAGUUUGA